CGCGGCCACAAGUUGAAGAAUCCCGCUUUAGCACCAUCACUGCGUUCUUCCUUAAUGACAGAGCAUUCAUGAUACAACCGUUCUCAAGGAUCUCUUACCUGCGCUGCUUUCGCCCCAAGAUCUAACAAUGUUUGUACCAAAAACAGCACUUGGACAAGCAGCCGCUUUGCGCAAUCCUCGGAGACGACAACGUACGAACUCUGAUGAAACCACGCAACCACCAAAUGCGAAGCGCCAGCGCUCUGCUCUACGCCAGGAGUGUGUCGAUUCGUCCUUUGAGGUUCAAUCCAGGGGCAAAUCCAGAAAUUCAUCCCUGACUGCUGGAAAUCUGGACUCGUUCAAUACCGAGCUCCCUGCGACCAAAAUCGCGAACAUACACAAGGAUAUCCCCAUCAGGGCCGCUAAAAGACCCGGAGCUUCCAAGAAUGAAGUCGGCAAAUUAGUCAUUCUUUCACAAACAGAUUUCUACAAAGUUGAGCAGCUUCCAGCUCUGCCAGAUCAAGUUGUCGGCUUGCAGUCAGAGCCUCUCAGAGUUGUCUUUGGAAGCAGCUAUGGCCUCGCGCUAGCUUUGACACGAUCUCAUGCAAUAAUUUGGCCUUAUUCAGGUGAUUCGCAACUACGGAAUACGGAUAUUCUUACUCUGCCCCUACCGAAGUCAUACAUGCGAUCUGAUGAGGCGGCACCUCUUGGACAGCUCUUAUCAACUGCAGUAGGCGGAUCGCCAGGUUUGAUUGUUGUAACGCCUAAUAGUGGUCAUAUCGUAUACUGGGAGACUAUAACGAGUGCUACAUCGUUGGUUUAUACCAGGCAGAAACAGUCUGGCCUCGAGGGAAGCAUCAGUGGCCUCCUUUCCGGUGAGCACGCUACUGAUGUCAUCAAUUGCGAGCCCUCUGGAGUUAUCGUCAAAUUCUCCACGGGAAGAGUCGCUCAUGUUACUGUAAGAGAUCCGCAAGGUAAGCCAGCCGUAACGGCUAGCUUCCUUAGAAACCCUCCAAAUGGUGGCAGGAUAGGGUUUCUCGGCGGAUUAAGAAAUGCUCUUGGUGGGGGAUACUGGAGGAAAGACAUUGCGGCGGUACAAGCGGGCCAAUCGCAUCAGCGGGGACAGAGAGAUGUCAUCAUAGCCACGACCACGGGUUUCUUCGAGGUUUGGGACACUCACUGGAAUAAUGGAAGUUUGCUCAAGAGGCAAUUCGACGUCAGGCCCGUGAUUUCAGACGUCCUGGCACAGGGCGCGCAGCAGCCUGGAGAAAGUGAUAUCGAAAUCCUGGAUUUCGUAUUUACUACCGCCGAGUCCAACACUGACAAUAUUCAGAGUGGGGAGGCUAACACGUGGAAUGUCUUGGUCAUCGUGGCUUCGAGAGCAGCGGGCUCUCAAGAACUCUCCGUUCUAAAACUGAAGCUCUCCGAGAAGGUUCGGGUAUUGUUUAGUACUGCGAUAAACCAUCGUGGUCUUAUCCGAGAUCUCGAAGCUUCGCAGAUCAAGCUUUUUGUUCCUAACCCUGGUGACGUGGCGUUUCUCGUCGCUGGUCAAUCGGUCAUCUUGCUUUCAUUGUCGAGUCAAAAGCAAGAAUUGCUUGGCUCUACAUCGAACAACAAUCACCAGGCAGGAGCAUUCCAUGAUAUCAUCAACCUCCGGUCCGGGAAAGGGUACGACAUACUUGGUAGCGGUUGUGAAAGUCGGAUUCUGGAAGGGACCGAGCCCGCAUGUGUGAUUAUGGUCAGGGGUUUUGGUAUCCUUCGAAUCAGUGCCUUCGCUAAAGGGAGAGAGGCGGCAAAGCCAAGUACCGAGAUUCCUCAUAUCACUGCGAAACAUAGGAUCGAGCAGGCUAUUUUUUAUGGUACGAUCAUGGAAAAUCCAUUGGAUCUGACAAACAAAGAUGGCCUUGGGUUUCCCUUGGAGGAGGUUGAAGAGGCUGCUCUAGAGGUGGCCAAAGAAUUACUACAGUCAACUUCAAAAUACAUACCGACAACAGGUAUUUCUGUGGAUCAGAAUCUCAAAUUGCGAGCCAAAGCUUUUGAUGAUCUUUCCUCCUUGUUGAUGCAACAGCAUAAAGUCAUGAACCGCUUGGUGUGGUGGGAAUUGCUAUGGGGUGCGGAGAAAAUCGCUGCCCAGAGAGCUAUCUGGAAGCUUGAAGAACAUUGGCGGAAAGAAAAUGGCAGAGGUCAGACGCUGCUGGCCGACAUACUGGAAUCAAUGAGUGAGAGAUUCAAAACACACCGGAACGAUGAUGGUGAUCCCGUCCGUCAUUGGUUUCUCUAUGAUACAUUUCAAUUGGAACAUAUUGUGCCGUGGAUCUAUAACUCGAUAAAACCACGGAAAGGCAACAGCCUGAAACAAGGAUGGAAGACGGCCGGAAAGCUCUUAGGGGCUAGUGAUCUCUCUCUGGCCGUCCUAGAAACAGCAUAUCACUAUAGAGACGAGCACGCUAGUCGUUACGGAAUCGUCGAUGGCUACCUGGAAGACGGUGUGCUGACAGGCGACUACAAGGGCCUCUCGGAGUUUUGGACUUCCCGGGGCAUUGGCUAUGUCGAGACUAUACAUCUCUUGGACCUUGAACUGGACAGCUGCAGAGUCUGGAUUCAACAAAAAGCAACUUCCGCCGAUGCUCAGGAACUCGAUACAGUGAAGAAAAUAGGGAUAAACUGUGCCAGACAAUUUCAUAUCCUCGGUCAAGUGCACCGGGAGCGGGUCCGCUGGCUUGCCGCCCAAGAAGACACGAAAUUGGUUGACGAGGGCGUAGCCAUCGAGCAUACACAUGCCAAGCAGCGCAAAUGGCAGCUUUUCAAGCUCGCGGGUAUCGGUCAUCUGCAAGAAGCGAUUAGACUCGCAGAAAGUUUCCGAGAUAUGGAGGCACUAGUCGAGCUGAUUAUUGAGCUUCAAGACCAGACUAAGGGCCAGAGCCUUUCGCCGCGUUUAUCCAGCAAUGCGACUCGCGCUUUUGAGAGUGCUUCCGAUCAGCUGAGUAGAAAGAUAUCCGGUUAUUUUGACAGAUUCGGCCAGGCAUGGGCUGAGGCUUUCUUUUCCCGGCAAAUAUCUUUGGGCCAAGGAGGGGUCCUCUUCGCUAUGAAGAAGUUUCAGCCCUUCGUCACCAAUUUCUUGCGCGGCCAUUCGACUUACUCUAGGCUUUCUUGGAUCAACGAUGUUGUUGGGGAGAAUGACUACAACGCAGCCGCUGAUUCCUUAGAGAAGCUAGCCCUCGAUCAAGAAUCAGAUUUAUGGGGUCAUCGGCUAGAGUUAUCCUUGGCUAAACUCGCUAAACUCUCAGCGUGGGAAGAUUCAUCCUCGCCCGGCAAUCUAUCGGUACAAGGGGCUAUCAAGCGCCUCGAAGACCUUGCCGAAAUAGAUGCUGUGCAAGAGGUUAUAUUUGCCCACAUUGCACCGACAUUGCAAUGCGCCAUCGAUCAAAAGGCUAGGGUUGACAUAGCUGUUUCUGAGUUUGGAGAGCGCAUUUCGAAAGACCGACCGUCGCUCUUUGAAAUCUUGAAAGCAGCUCUUACGAAAGUAGUGUCCCGACAGGUCAUGGACGUUGAGGAGCUGGUGGAUUUGUUGACUCUGGCAAAAAUGCCAGGGUCUCCUGAUAACGACCACGAUGCACUAGUAGGGAAAGAGGACUAUUUGGCUUUGCGUGUCAUCCGUUUGAGUUCUUAUGCUCAACAGAACCCGCAGUAUGAUGCUGUUUUGCAGAAAUUGGUCUGGAAAAGGUGCUUAAUCAAAGAUGAUUGGGGCGCGACAGGAAAAGCUGCCGAGAACAUGGGAAGUGACUUCGAACAUCUUCUUCAUGGUACCGCACUUGCUCGCACCCUCAGCUGGUGUUACAGGGACGGCCUGAGCGAAGACUCUUGCUACCCCACACUUUAUAUUCCCCGGGCUCCACAGGAGCUCCUUCUAGACGGGUCAAAUAUUGCCCUCCUCACGGCACGUUUCAGUCCAGAGCGGCGAGCUCGUAUUCAUCAUGACCUUGAGAGAGAAAACUCGUUACUGUCACACUAUAUUAAAAGUGGAAAGCUUGAGUUUUGGUUCAAGACCCUGGUUGAGUCUUUACGGGCAUCAUAUCAGCAGUCCACGGUCUCUGCUAUUCAAGAUGAGCACGAUUCGCAAUCUGAAUUGCAGAUAGGCAGAGAUCCUGGGGAAUCACACAACAGGACACAGCUCAAAUGGCUGUGAGGUCGCUUGCUCGUAUCCUUGAUUGAUGGAAAUCCUUCAUCGUUGACCUCGUCUUCGUCGAAUACUAAUUGAUCCCGGGUAGGUUCAUGGGCCGGGAAGGCUUGCUAUAAUUCUAGCUAUGUCAAGUAUCACCAGGAAUGCUCAUGCAUGUCUUGCUCUAUCCGGGCUUAUGUACAGUAGUAUGCAACUUUGAAAAGGUUGCCGACAGUUACCGGCUAUGGGGAAGGCUGUAAGAUGGCCGCGUAAAGCUACCACGGAAGAAGAUGAACGAACAUGUAGGUACGACAGUGGGCUGUAUGUAGUAUAUUAGUCAAUGGAUUAACAUAGUAAGG